AUGAGGCUAUCGGCUAUCGGCUAUGAGGGCCUUAAAGGGCGAUACGAGACUUAUAGCCCUGUUAUUAUAAAGAGAGGGAAGGCCGCCCACAAACCACACGAGCGGUUUUCUUUUGAUCCUCUGCAUGCGACGCCCAAUGCCCUCAGAGGCAAAGCAAUCAGUCUCAAAACAAAUGAGAGAGAUAGAAAGACAAAUGAGACUGGCUUCCCACUGGAACAGCAGCAGCAGCAGCCGUUUCUUCCCGGUUUGGGACUUGAGGGUUUGAGUGGAGGAUCAGGUUCUAAUGGAAGUGAGAAGAAUGGACAUAGUGAAGAACAUGAAGGGGAACAUGAAAGCGGGCAGUCAAAGCUCUGUGUCAGAGGCCAUUGGAGGCCAGCAGAGGAUGCUAAACUUCGGGAACUUGUUGCCCAAUAUGGUCCCCAGAACUGGAAUCUUAUUGCCGAAAAUCUUGAAGGAAGAUCAGGGAAGAGCUGCAGGUUGCGUUGGUUCAACCAGUUGGACCCAAGGAUUAACAAGAAGGCCUUCACUGAGGAGGAGGAGGAAAAGCUUCUCUCUGCCCACCGUCUGUAUGGAAACAAAUGGGCUCUUAUUGCCAGAUUUUUCCCUGGGAGAACUGAUAAUGCUGUGAAGAAUCACUGGCAUGUGAUCGUAGCGAGGAGGCACAGGGAACAGACCAAUGCUCAUAGAAGGAGAAAGUCCUCGAACACCAUUUCCUCUUCUUCAGUUCAGGAGUUCAGUAAUAACCUCCAGGUGAACUGCUACAACAAUGCUUGCAUUGUCGAAUCCUCCAUCUCCGGCAAUAUAGAUGAGUCUUUGCCCACCUGCACUGAACUCUCACUAAACUCCUCUGCAUACGGAAGCUUUCGUGGUCAUGCAUUCUUCCCCACACACACUCAUCAAACGCAGCCACAGCAAUUCCAGUAUUUCACCGGAUCCGGUGAAAAGGAUUUGACUGGAGAAAAUGGAGGUUCUCAGAGGCAAUUUGAUUCCCCCCUUGCAUUGGCACCAGCGACCGAUCACUCUGGCUAUUCUGAUUCAAAUUAUGAGAUUUCAGCAACUGGAUCAGUGGUCAAGCAAGGCAAUGCCUUUAUCCUUGAAGAGGGAGACGAUAACAAGGAGAAGAUAAGCUCUUCCUUCAUUGAUUUCUUUGGUGUUGGAGCCACAUAGGGAGUUGCUCUUCAGCUGAAACCUGAAGAUCUGUACUGUAAGGUUUCAGAAGUUGAACUUUUAGUAAACAAAGCAGAACCGGGCAAGACGAGAGAAAAGUUAAUAAGAAAGGUUGAAAUCCUUCCUUCUCCUGUUGUU